GAUCUCAUGUUAUGUGGCCAACACGCCUUUUAAAGUUGAAAGAUGAGAAACCAAAAAGGAAAAGGCAACAAGAGGAAACCACACGUGAUUUUGAUUUCACCACUAUUCCGGUUCAAGAGUUGCGUAUGGUAUAUCUUUAUUGCCUUGCCUUAUUCAAAGGCAAGGGCACAAUAACAAUAAUACUAGAUGAAGCCCUUUUUGGUCAUGAGCGCAUCUUACAUGUAAAUCUUGAAGAUGUUGAGCCUUUCUGCCGCUUGAAGCCAAUUUCAUAUACGUGCAUUGCUAUCUAUAUAUGGCUCUUGUUCGGUAAGGUGAAGAAGCUAGACAAGGCCAAUAAGUUUAGAUUUGUUGAUCCUUACAACAUAGGACAUGUACCAUCCACUAAAAAGGAUACAAAAUCGAUCAAUAAAAGAAUGGAACGAAGAGCACAAGAUUUAGCAAAUCGACUUGUUGGUACAUUGUCCAAUCAAUUUGUAUUGGUUCCAUGUAAUGUGGAUGAGCAUUGGAUUCUUACUGUGAUCGACCCGCACAAGGAGGAGAUUGGUAUAUUGGACCCAUUUUAUAGUGGUAUUCAUGAUAGUACUUGGAAAAAAGUUAUUGAAUGGGCGUUAAAGAUGUUCAAUGCCACGAUGCAGAGGAAAGGAAGAAAGACACUAAACUGGUCAAUACCUCAGGUUCCUAAACAACCUGACAACUCUCAGUGUGGUUUUUAUGCCAUGAGAUAUAUGAAAGAUAUUAUUGAGUCUGCUAAUUUUCAGAGGAUUAGCUCGCUGCAAUUAUUGUUCAAUAGCAAAAGUUAUUCUAGUGUGGAGAUUGAAAAAACGAUUUUGACCUAA